GCUUUGUUGGUGCCUUGAAAUUCUGUGUUGUUUCCUGGAAAUUAAAUCUGAUAUUCAGUAAUGAAAUUAUAUCUUGUGGAACACAACCAGGAUAAUAUUUGAACAGACCUACUCUAACAAAGAAUGAUCCUGAUGACUUUGCAUUUUUCACUGAACAAAGUCAUAAAUAAGUCAUGAGUAUCCAGCUAAUGGGACUACUACAAUGGCCAAUAAAUACAAAGACUUAGUAUUUACCCCUGAGCACAACACUGGCUCAGUUUGUGAUGUUAUUUACCACCUUUAGAAAUGACAUAGUUGUUGCUAUUGAUUUUUUUCCCCUGUUUCAUAAAGUUGAAAAUUUGACUCUCUCAUCCUCUUUACAGGUGUACAUGCUCGAUAAACGAACUGGAUGCUAACUGAAUGAAAUGCAACUACCCCAAAUACCACAAGAUCUCCAAAAUGUCCAAUAAGACCUUCAACAUGUUGACUGACCAAGUUGAUUGCACAAUUCCUUUGCCCCACAGGGACCUGCUUGUGGGCCUCUCCCCUGUGAGUCAUUAUAGCAGCUUGUCACUGUCCCUGUCACCCGACUCUUACAGUAGUAAUCCUAACUUUAGUGACAGAGAGGCCGAUAGCUUGCCUGACAUCCACAUGCUGGAGUAUUCCCUCAGUGAGGGUCCCACUAUGGAUGACCCCUAUGACAUCACCGUACCACAGGUUAAUUCAUUCUGUGAUGGAAGUACAAACUUGAACCAAACUUUUAUUGCCACACCUGACAAUGGCAGUGUAAGUUUUUUGAAUGACAACAUGAGUGUAACGCGUAAACUCAAGUACCAGACUUUUACCAAUGACACAUUGGAUGGAAGUGACAGUGCAGGGAUGUCUCCAGACUCUGUUGGCAGAGAAAGCCAACCGGGUUCAUGUGAGAACUCCCGCAGAGGAUCCAUCGAGAAUGACUGUUGCUCCCUCAGUUCUGGGGAAAUGGUGAUGCGGAAUAACAGUUUUUGUCUAGAGGACCAGUCUGUUUUGGUAGUCUCUUCCCUGGAUGAGUCAUCGAUUUCUGAAGUUGCUGGCUGUUCAACUUUACCUACUUAUUCUAAUCUGCUGUCCACCACUCUACCGGAUGUCUGCGAAGAAUCCACAGAAAGAGUUAUAAAGGUUGAUACAGGCCACUCAAGUCUUGGCAAGACCUUCAAUGUGUUGGUAGAGCUUUCUUCUGAGGAAAAUGAUAUUUCAUCAUCUAGCUCGUCUAUAGCUCUGCCGGGUGAGAACGAAGGAGGGGUUUUUAUGACCUUUGUUUGUGAAACAUCUCCUUCAGAUUAUGAAAAAGUGGCUGAAUUUCCAGGUGCAGAAGAAGAGAUGCUUCUUUUCCCAGGAGAGCUAACACCUGGACAAAGCAACGCUUUUUUGUCUACUCUCUCAGCAAUGCAAGACAUUGACAAAGAUAUUCAUACUUCCACUCCAGUACAAACCAUAGGGAACAACAUACUCAGCCUUCCCUCAUUUUCUCCCUGCACUGGAAGAGCAAUCACCCCAGGUAUCCUACCUGUGAAACACCAGCAAAUCUCUGGAACUCCUAAACAACCUUCAAUUGCACGUCUGCAUUUAGUCACCAAAUUCAAGAAGGGGGAAAUCAAGAAGUUCCCUAAAUCAGACUUCAGCAAAGUAAAAUCUAAAGUUCUGACAAGAAAUGUGCAUCAGAUGCCAGUAGAAGGCAAUGCUUCACAGCAACAACAAUCUCAAGCAAAUGUGAAAAACAAGCCCACUGAAUCACACAGAGGUGCUGCUACAAGGGUAAGUCCAUCCAAGGAGAGGGGUAGAGCUGCCGUUGUUUCUACCAUUGCCAAAUUUGCCAACACACCGACACAAGUGAAUUCAGAGGCUGCUAAUUUGGGAGCGACAGUAAUGCAGUUAUCUAGGCAUUGUGCAGUGGAUGAACAGAGUAAUAGUAUAGCAUCAUCACCUUGCCAGCUCUCAUCUGCAAACACUCAGGAUUUAGAUGUCAAAUGCAGUAAUUCCUUCUCUAAAAGUGAACAUGCAGCCUCUAGCCAAUUGGCAGACACAGCAGCAGAGCAUGCUGGCAACGAGACCUUCUGCUUGUCACCCUUGGAAAAAACCCCAGAUAGAAGGGGCCAACCAGUUCGCAAACCAACUCCAAAGAAAGGCAUCUCAAACAAAAUUGAGGUCAGAUCAGGCUCAGCAUUAGGUCAGGACAAUCUUUCUACCCUCAAGUCCCGGCCACGUUUAUCAUCAGCGUCUUUGCCGACCAGGGAAAAAAGAACAACCAUUAGAUUCUCUACAAGCCUAACGAUUCACAAAGUUGACAACCACCUGGGUAAAACCAAACCAAGGAACCUGAACUGCACUUCUCAGAAUAAACAAGUGGUACAGGCUGAGUCUACAAACAGUCCUGCUGAAAACUCAAAAAGAGACGUUAAGAAGAUCAGCCUGGUGGUGAGUAUGUACUUAUAACUUCAGCAUCAAUUAAAUGACAAUGAUCUAGUAGUAUAUAAUUCAAAUUUUGCAGGAGGUUGGGUAAGGCCUUUGCAAAAAUGUUUUUGUGUUGUUAACCUUCCAAUUGUAUGGAGCUGAAUGAUUGAGUAAUUU